CCAUGUCAGCCACGUGGCGUGAGGACGAUGAGGAACUGAGGGUGGGAGGAGUAAAAGGAGCAUUGAAAGCCAAACCGAGGUUCUCCUUCACUGAGGUCAAGCUGCUGCUGGAGGCGGUGAAGAGGAACAGAUACAUCAUCCUCAGUGAGUAGGAAUAAAAAAGUAGAUUAGUUCUUUUCUAUUUAGGAGGAAAGUCUUUGAGGAGCUGUUUGUAAUAAAACGUGUGUCGUUGAGGCCAUUCUGGUACGACCUACUGACCGUCCUGUUGGUCGUGUUUAUCAUGCGAGUGUUGAGCUCCUCAAAUCUCUCAUCACAUAGGCCGAUGGAUGCCAGCUUCGCCACCUUGGGCUGCAUUUGGUGACAGUGAUCUGUAUUCUGCUGCAAAAUGCACUCCAGCCGACUGGCAGCAGGUGGAGAGCUGCUUCUGAUGCUGCUCUGUCGUCCUGCUCAGAGAGGCUGCAGUCAGAAUCCCUCCAUCCUUUUGUUUUUGUCAUCACGGCGUUUGGGCAGUUAAAACACAUCCGAGGGACAUUUUUUAAUAUUGUUUAGUUCAGGAACCCCUGACACCACUGAUACAAUCAGUCAGAUGUCAAACAUAACAUUUGAUUUUAUUGUGAAUUACAGGAUGUUUUACUGGUCAGUCUGCCCUCUCUCUGUUUUUAGUGCACUGUGCUUUUAAAGAUCCUUACCAGCAGAGGGAGCACGUGGGUCACCUUUUACAGCGCUGCUGUGAUUUAAUACUUGAGACUGAUUCGUUCUCUCUGUAGGGAAGUUUAACCAAGGUGUGUCGGCUGAAACGAAGAAACAGACGUGGGUCGAGAUCACCAAUCAGAUCAACGGUCUGGGAGAGAAUCACAGAGAGGUGCGUCAGAUCAUGAAGAAAUGGGCAGACCUCAAAUGUGAUGGGAAGCGACGCAUUGCAGCGCUGCGGGGUCCCAACGGCACAACCCUGAGGAAGAAGAAACUGGGCCCCGUGGAGAGGAUGGUCCAUAAGAUACUGAUGAUGAGUCCUAGAGGAGACGGCGACAGCGACCUGGACCUGGGAGAAGACGACGACUUCUCAAAGAUGUGCAGUAAAGGGCUACCCUCCAACAGUUCCCCCUACUCCUACCUCAGUCUGACAGACGGCACUCACACUUUAUCAGGAGGACCCUCUUUUGAAAUUUCACCUCUCUCCUCACCUGAAAAAGAACUUGGCGGAGAUCCUUUCCACUCCUCGUCUGACUUUGACCUGUGUGACGAUGGAGAACACAUGAUGGAUUUUGAUGAAAACGACGACUCCAUGUUCUCCUACCCUUCCUCCGUCCGGCCACCCCCCACCUCCCUCGAUCCUCUGCCCGAUAACGCCCUGAUGAGGGUGAAACCCGUCUACACGUACUCCCGAAGCAGCAACGGCCAGAGCCAAACCAUCCAGAACUCCUCCUCCUCCAGCAGACCUCCACCCGGACCUUCCUCCUCCUCAGUGGCUUCCACGUCCUCUGGCUUUCCUUUGGCUUCUGAUUCAGAAGCUGCUUCAUCCUCUGCUGUCCCCCCACCAUCACGGUCCCCCAGCACCUCCAACAGACCUGGCUCCGUCCUCCCUGCUCCCUCUUCAUUCUCUCCUCCAUCAUCUUCCUCUGCACCUGCUGCAGCCAAUGGUGCUUCCUCUCACCCUCGACCUUCUACCUCAAUUCCACCACCUGCAGCUUCCUCCGCUUUCUCAACAGUCACCUCUGCCACUAUUUCUUCUUCUUCUCGAAGCCAGCCUCCUCCCUCCUCCUCCAUCUUUCCACGCAGUGCUCCCACCUCAGGCUCAAGCCUAUCGGACCCUCUCCCAGCUGGAGCGUCCUCACGCAGGGCACACGAGCAGGUCGCCCAGGUGGCGUCUCAAAGCCUGCAGCAGCAGCGGGCCAGCAGGAUGCUCCUGACCUCGGUGUCUCAGUCUCUGGAGACGUUGGCUCAAUCGGUCCAGCUGCUCGUGGAGAGCCAGCAUGAGUUCGUGCAGGAGUCCCUGCAGCUCCAGCGGGAGACCGUGGACAUCCUGAGGGAUUUCUCCAACACUGCACUAACCAUGCUGAGAGACAAGGCCAGCAGCGGGCAGCUGGCCCACCAUCACCACCGACAUCAUCCCGCCUCGCACUUCUGAAACCCAGAGGGAGAAAGGACAGGUUUGAGCAGUGCGAGGAGCUUCUCAUCAGUCGGGAGUCUUUCUGGUGGGUGUUCCUGUUUGCUGCACACAAAAGCUGCUUUCCACUGGUGACUCGAGCACACGCAGAUUUAGGCCCAGAGCUCAAUUUUAUUUAUGUGCCUAAAUCCUGUUUUGUUGUUUUCCCUUUUUCUAGUUUUAUUUGUGUCAAAUUCUAAAAGUUUUCCACACUGUAAUAAUCAGCAUUUCUAAAGGUGCUGAGCUGCUGUAGUCUCACAACCGCCGUGAACAUUUCCACACAAACCCAGAGUGACCGAGCGCAUUUACAGGAGAUGAUACACUACGUGGUGCAAGGACACGAUCUGCAGUUUGAUAAUUCUGCUUCCUGUGUGGACAUGAGAGGAGAACACUAACCCUGCAUCUGAUCUCCAGAGCCAGGCUCAAGAGUCACGGCGCUCUUAAACUCAGACUGGCUCCUUUUCAGGUUCCUGAAACACCAGAGGAGCAACACCUGGGGACAGGUGGGACAGGUGCUUCAUGUCUGUAGUAAAUUAGGAUAAAUUGUUGAGCAGAAGGAACCUGUUUUGUUGGGGUUACUGCUGAAUUUUGCUGCUGCUGAUGAAACUUUAGCUGUAAUUGACCAAUAGAUGAACUGAAUCUCUUUCCCUCAUUAAAAACAAACAGUUCUCUUUUGGUAAUCUGUGUAACCUGCUUACAGAAUGCAUUCAUGCACAAAAUCAGAUAAACUUCACUGUAGACACAAACAACACACCCAGAGCGUGCAGCAUAAUAAAGUACCUAAAACAGGAGGCAGCAGGUAUUAACGACUGAUUCACAAACUGGUUCCCUUUAACCCAGUCAGGGUCUAAGCAGCCGUGCAGUUUUCAAUAGAAGCUCCGCCUUUUAUUGAACAAAGCUAUAAAAUUGCAAAUGUGCAACCCAACAGUAUCCAAAGUUUCCUGACUGUAAACCAUUACAGGAGGAUUAACUGCUGCAGGUGACCGUGACACCGCAUCAUAAUGUAAAUGGAAAAACAAAUGUGAGCUGACAGAGUCUCUUAUAUCUUUAUAAAUGUACUUUUGCAGCCUGGGGCACCUUCUUUGUGUGCUUCCUGAAACUAACAUAAAUCAGAUAUUGUAGCUCUGUAACUUGUGCUGUGGCUCACACGUGAAUCUUUAACUUAUUUGCCUGUUUUAAGGACGGAGAAAAGCAAAGUUUCACAAAACGUUAAGAAGUCCAGUCGCUUUUCUUUCCAGGCUCUUUAGAGUACCGUGCCUUGCACUUAGGGAGGAACACCCUUCGACUGGAGUAUGAAAAGGAAUCAAGGAAACUAGCGGAUUAUAGAAACCAUCUCCGUUUCCACCUAAGAUGCACACAAAGCAGACUUAUUUCCAAGAGUUUGCACCUUGGAUCCACGGUGAGGCGACACAGAAUGGCGUUGUUUCUGUGGAGAGCACAAAACCAACUUCUAGGUGGAAGGAUGGGGCGGGUCACUAUAGAUGCACUCCACAACAAGAUCAGAUUCUGCAGGAACUCAAACCCAUACUCUCUCCUAUGUUAGAAGACAUUUUUGGGUUUGUGGACAAGGCUAAGCUCACAUUUAAGGAAAAGAAAGACAACUCCAAAAAUUCCAUACUUCCCUAACACAAACUUAUAUUUCCCAGUCUAGACAAUACAAACAAGAACAGGAAGACGUCACAGCCGAGGACAGUCAGGAAAAAUGGGUGACGAACUUUUCAGGCAGGACUCUCACUGAAGCUGAACAGGAGAUGCCAGCCAAACGACUCAGUUUUUGCCAUUUCUCCACAACAGCUGCCCGUAGUGGAUGACAUCACAGCCACGGAAACCGCCAUAAGGAUUAAUAAAGUAACAACCCGAAGCAGCGAAUCAGGGUGAAGGUUUCACCCACCCUCUCCACUACAAAAGUUCCUCCAUCUAACCUCACGAUACAAGAAAAGAAGGCCGCCGCUGAGCAAAGAUCAACUUCAAGAAACUUUAAGAAAUCCAGUCACUUUUCUUUCCAAGCUCCUUAAAGUCUGUUUUCUAAAUGCUGGGUGUCCCCUCUGUAAACCUGCACCAGGACGUGGCUGUAGUCCAUUUAUAUUUAUAACUGCUUAUAACAAGCAGAAGUGGGCUGAGGACAGAACCCUGUGGAACACCUGUCAGAGGUUACUUUUCAUUAUUGGAGAACAACAUCACGCUUCCCAAUUAGAUAAGAUUUAAACUUAUUUUUUUCUAAUAAAAUCCUGCAGUAAGCUUAGAAAGUUCAUGUCAUGGUUUAAUGUGUCAGAUGCCUUUUUAAGACUGAGAAAAACCAACACAUGAUUGAAGUUGUUCAAUCAGAAGUGACCGUCUCUGUGGAAUAAUGAGCUUUCUGAUUAUUCCACUGAUUCCCACUUUAGAUGCAAAGGUUAGGAAGUUACAAAAAGGAAGGCUUUACUUCCUGUGUCAGGGCACGUUAACGCUGUAGAGACGGUGCCCACAGUGUUUUCGCUGUGGGGUGGUUCUCACCUUUACCUGUCAUUUAAAAGGUGGAACUGGGAGGCAUCAGCAGCACAGCUGCAGCUUAAACAGGGGAGAACUUGAGCCUUCCUGUUAGACGUCUACUAUCAACUAUUCUUCUGCCCAGAUUUAAUUUAGAUAACAGCGCAGUGGCGACAUCAGUCGUGCCCAGUAUUUAGAUGUUUCCUAUGGAGUUAUUGUGGAUUUAAAUCCCAGCUACAAAGAUUUAAACGUCUGAAUGUCUGCAUUUCCAGCCGGUUGUUGGCAGGUGCUGUAAAUCUUAUUUAAUGUAGUUCAAAAUCCUGCUUUCUUUAAACUUUGCAUUCCCAGGGACUGUUGAAACCUUUACUCGAUUUUCUCCUUGACAUAAACCAGUGAAUAGAGUUGAGUUGAUAAACAAUAUUAAUAAACUGUCUUGAGCAGUAUUAUUACUCUUCCAUUUUCUGGAAAAUAAAGACCGAGCUUCCACCUUAACCAUCACCUUAAAGGCUCAGUCACACAUCAGCACUGAAUCAAUGCUUGAUGAAUGUUCCAGGCAGUCAAACAUCUCUGCUAAAUUUCUCGUCAGCCGUCGUGGCCUUUGCACGAAGAAGUGAUUCUCUCUUCUGCAAGAGUUUAUUCCACUAACACCAAACUUCUUUGCUUAUACUGGUUUUCAUUCUCCGUGUGAUUAUAGUUUAUUCUGGUGUCCACUCAGUUUUCCAAACUGCUGCUGUACCAGAACAAAACACCUACUGCGGCUUUUUAAGUGGUAUAGAUGUAAAAUAAUGUCAGCCACAAGUAGAGUUGAUGGACCAAAAAAUCCAAAAUGAAUGAAAGCAAAGAACAAACAAAACAAGAAAUUCAAGAAACAUCCAACAGAACCAGGUCAAUAAAAUAAAAUCUAUAAAUGAGUAAAAAAAAUUGCUCGUUAAACGUUAACAUGUUAAAAUAUUUAACUUUACAGCAGAAAUAAAUAUUUAUCUUUUAAAUAGGUGACGUACAGCUGGCUCUGCAGAAGAGACCGACUGAGACGUCUGCUUCAGUUUCAGUCGGUGAAAUUCUUGCAUUUUGUAAUUCUGUUGCUCAUCACUAAUCAGCUGGUGUUUGUCUUUGCAUUCUCCAAAACAACAAAUCUUAAAAAUGUGGAGAUCAGAAAGCAGCGGGCGUGGAUGUGACUGUCCUGAAUAUUCAGUCUGUAGCAGGACAUCAAACUUGUUUUACACUGUGGGCCACAUGAAGCCCAAUUUGAUCUAAUCUGGCUUAAUAACCUGUAAAAAAAGAUUAAGGAUGAAGUUUGUAAAACUACAGAAAAAUCCCAGUCAGCUCGUUGCCCAAAACACAACUUCUCUCAAUUUCUUUUAUAAUACUGUGGAGGAGCUGCAAAAAAUAGAGGCUUUAUUAUUUAAUGAAAUAUUGUCAAUAAAAAACAAACCAAUGAACUCUAUCAUAUAAUGACUUGUCUUUUACUUUAGUGUAUGGCAGGCUAUCAUCUUUGUCAGUAAGACGAUUUUAAACUAACCGAACUUUAUCGCCUUCUUUGGAAUUUUAGUUUUUUGGCAGCUUCCAGUCGGCCAGAUGAGGCCCUGUGCUGGUCUGGUACUGUGUGUUUGACAUCCAUGUCUACAGUAUGCAGCACAAAGUUCAAGCAAAAAGUUUUUAAGGACGAAGUUGUUGAACUAGAGAAGAUUUAACAGAUGAUCCGGGCAGAGGGAGGAAGAAGAACAGCAGAGAGUCUGAAGCAGAAAUAAAAAUGAACACAUGGACUCAUCACUGAACUACAAUAAAACUCGAGCGGUAGUUUGGGUCUUUUAGUUUUCAGGCUGUGUUCAGUACGAUCUCACCUGGAUGUCACCAGAUUACAGACGGCAACAACAUCAGGUGUUUGAAAUCAGUUAUGCUGAACCGUUUAUUUUGACCUUUGUUUCUUUGCAUUAUAAGUGUGGACCACUGCUGUCCUUGUAUUUAUUCAUCAGAGAUCUGUCUGUUAGAGCCUAAAUAUUCAAAUCAGUUCAGACCCUACAGUAAUGCAGAGAAAACUGACCCUCCACGUGUCAACAGUGGGAAGGAAAACCUCCGUCAGAACCAGGAUCGAGGCGAGGAGGCCAUCUGCAAAAAUCUGCCUUGAUAUAAGAAGGAAAUAAGUUCUAACAGUGACCAGAAGAAAACCACUCCUCUCACACUGGAGUUAUGCUACACAAGAAUUGAUCUUUUACAAGUGGAUUAGUGGGCUGGGAGUGGGAAGCCCAGGACACCACGGAGUUAUCAGAUCAGCUUGGUUAUAAACGGGAAAAGGUGGGUCACUCAGAGGAAUGACAUCAUCAGUCUUGCAUCUUGUUAAGAAAAGUUUUUCAACCAAUGUAACACUCCGCUAACACAAGGCCCAGCGUUAGCGGGGAGAGACCUUCCUCCUGGGAAUGUUCCUCCUCUCCAGGUCCUCCAUGCUUCCACCAGGCUGGCUGCUUCCUAAUUGCACAGUGAGCUUUUCCUUCUGAGACCCACACAGAAACAGGUUCCCAGUGCACACAUGACCUGAUUAAAAUGGAUCCUCCUUCCAAUGAUGAGUAGAUUAUUUAAAAAAAAAACAGAAGCAGUGAGUCUCAACACCGGUUUCCUGUUUCCCCUUUCUAGAGAAGGGCUGCAAACCCACAACAUUCAUCUACUCGACUCCAAAUAGUUAGCAGCUGGAUUAGAGGAGAAUUUUAACUCCCGCAUAUCUGAAAACAAGGGUCCAGCGUUUUGUAGGAGAUUGUGAGAUGGCUUAGUGGGUCAGCAUUCAGCAGUGAUGGAGCACUGGUACCAGUACAGACCUUACUGCACGCAUCGGUAAAUGGCAGAUGUGACUGCUGUAACCACAGAUUCAGUUUUCAGUCAGUGAACAUUCAUAUAUUCUCAAACAGUUUUUAAUUUUCAGGGAGGUCCUUACAGAGCGUGUACAGACAUGCAGCACGUUAGCUUCUUUUCCCGAUAAUAAAUCAAUGUGCACAAAAGCGCAGGUGAAUGAUCAAUCAGCUUCCUCUGAAACAUUUGUAGAAGAUUCUACGGAGCUCAAUUGGAUAAUGAAAGGGUUUCUACAGAAGCCAAAAACAGUUGCUGUGAAAAUAAUUGUUAAAACUGCAUCCACUUAAACCUACAGACCAGUCAGUGACCCUGGCAACCACUGGUUGCUGGGUAUCAGUAGAGUUAAACUGGCUGUUGACAGGUUGCUGUGCUUUUACGUCUUGUCUGCAAAUACUUGCAAACUACUCACCAAGUGUUAGUGAAACUGUGAAAAGUACAACUCAAACAGGAAAUGGAGAGUGUGACCUUCAAAGUAAAAGCUGUGUCCUCUGGAUCAUGUUAGAUUAGAUUAGA